AUGGAUCUAAACCAGUUCGUCCCCUCCCAGCAAUCGGCGCUGACCAUGGACUCGGCGGAGAGCACGGCCGCCGCCGCCGCGCGCGCGCCCAACGGCGCCGCCCGGGCCAUCGACGACCACGACGACGACCACGACGCCGUUCCCGAGGUGUCCGCCUGCAUAUCGACGAUGCUCGACCGCGGGGGCAGCGUGGAGAGCCACCGCCUCUUCCUGGCGCGCCGCACCGCGCUGGAGAUGCUCCGCGACCGCGGGUACGUCGUCCCGGAGGACGAGCUCGCCCGCACCCUACCGGAGUUCCGCGCCUGGUGGGAAGACAAGCCGGAGCUCGAACGCCUCGCCUUCUCCACUACCCUCGCCUCCGACCCAUCCAGCAAGGUGAAAGUUGUGUUCUGUCCACCCGAACCUGUCAAACUCGCAGCUAUCCGGGUGGUAUAUACCGGAGUUAAAGACGAGAACUUGUCCAGACUAAUUCUGAUCCUGCAGGGCAGAAUAAUGUCUAAAGCCAGAGAAUCUAUCAAGGAGAUCUUUCCAUAUAAAGUUGACAUGUUCCAGAUCACAGAAUUACUGGUGAACAUCACUAAGCAUGCCCUCAAGCCCAAGCAUCAAGUGUUGACUGCAGAGGAGAAAGCCAAGCUCCUGAAGGAGUACAAUGUGGUGGAUUCACAGUUGCCUCGCAUGCUGGAGAAUGAUGCUGUUGCUCGCUAUUACGGACUAGGCAAGGGAACUGUUGUUAAAGUUAUAUAUGACAGCGAGCUUACCGGGAACCAUGUGACAUACCGAUGUAUUUUCUGA